CGCACCCGGGAGCGGACCGCAGAUGAAAUGAAGUAUGGCGGAGCGACGCUAAAAUACAACAAACCUGUGCGAAAAACAUCGGGACAAAACCACGAAAUCCUGCCGAUUCACGCUCAAUCCGGCCGGUGUGCGAUCACGAACACGCUCGCUCCCGCGGCUCGACAACCGCGCGCUUUCUGUUCGUCGACGGCGGUGUUUUUGUUUCGCCGCGACGCUUCACGAUCCCGCAACGGGGCGAGCUAACGUAUUAUUCUUUCAUUUUCACCUGUAUUACGCGUGUGCGCAUUUAAAAUACAUGCGAGUUUUGUUUUUUAUUCAUUAAACCGCAAGCCGUGGCUUCGGUGCAGAAAUAAGAACACCGCGGGAGUGAAUGUGAAGGCUGUAUUUAUUACUUCACCGAACGGUAAAACGAUGGAGAAAAAGCAGCAUAAAUCUGACAAACAUCACCGCCAUCAUCAUCACCAUCACCACCACCACCAGUCCUCCAGCAGCAGCAGCGGGGAGUCCGGCGGCAGCAGCCCGGCUCACGGGGCGCCCAAAGCGGCCAACGCCUUCGCCAACGACGGCAGCUUCAUGGAGCUCUUUAAGAAGAAGAUGGAGGAGGAGGAGAAGAGGAAGAGAGAGGGCGAGGGCGAGGAGAAGACGAAGAGCUCUGCUGCGGCUCAGGACAAGAAGCCGCUAAGCGCGAGCAGCUUUGUGGGCAAGCGGAGGGGAGGCGCGAGACUGGCCCUCAAGACCGGGAUGGUGGCCAAGAAACAGAAACUCGACUCCGAGGUGGAGGCUGGCAAAGGAGACGCCUGGACUAAAUACAUGGCAGAAGUGAAAAAGUAUAAAGCGCAUCAGUGUGGAGACGACGAUAAGACCAGGCCGCUGGUCAAAUAGACUGAACCGCUUCCUGUGGAGACGGGCGUCACUGCCAUUCACUGUCUGUCCUUCUCCCUCAGCUUGAGUUGACCCCGUGUUUGCCCGUUCGGUGGAUUCCGGUUCUUUUUGAGUCGUUAUGAUUUAGACCGAUCUCGUUCACCUCGUUGAUAUUUUGUACUCGACGUGUUUGCUACUUGAAUGUCACCCGAUGAAGAUUGAGGAUGAUGAAUUAAACUCACAGUACCACA